AUGUCUCAAAACCUGAUGGAUACUCAACCUGGAGGCGACACCGAGGGCUCCACAUCGCAGUACACAGCCAUCAAUACCGUCACAAUCCCGCAUAAGAAGUCAGGUGGUCAAUUCGGCAACCCCGAGACCUCUGUCGAUUCCGUCCCCGAAGUCGAAGCCGCCCAAAAAGCAGAAGAUGGCGAGAAGACGGCAGAGAAGAUCCGCUACGGACAAUCAUUAAGCGAGAACGGCAUGGGAGGUCAGACUACUGGUCUCGGAGAGGCAAACAGCAGCGGUGCAGGCUCAAAGGCACAGGAUGAGACUGAGGAUCCCGUGAGCGAGAGACAAAAGUCUGGAUACGGUGGUGACAACGACAUGGACAGAAAUAUUGGUGCAUAA